AUGCCCCCUCUCAUCACAUCUGACUACUCAGCCGACCCAUCAGCCCACGUCUUCCAAGACCGAAUCUACAUCUACCCAUCCCACGACCGGGUUACGUCCAUCGCCCCCAAUGCCUCAGGUGACCAGUACGACAUGGUAGACUACCACGUCUAUUCGACGGGCGGCGACGACCUCUCGACCGUCACGGACCACGGAGUCGUCCUGCGCGCCCAAGAUGUCCCCUGGGUCUCUAAGCAGAUGUGGGCUCCCGACGCGGCAUUCAAGAACGGCACCUACUUCCUCUUCUUCCCCGCGCGCAACAAGAGCGGUACGUGGCAGAUUGGCGUGGCGCUGAGUUCCUCUCCCUCCGGUCCGUUCACGCCCGACCCCGACCCUCUGGCCGGGUCUUACAGUAUAGAUCCUGCUUCGUUUGUCGACUCCGACGGACAGGCGUACCUCUACUUUGGCGGGCUGUGGGGUGGUCAGCUGCAGUGCUACCAGGGCGACGAGUACGAUCCAUCGUGGGUUAGCAGGGGGGAGCGGACGGGGGGGGACCAGCUGGCUCAGGGCCCCCGUGUGGCUAGAUUGGCAGAUGAUAUGAGAUCGCUCGCCUCGUCAGCCAUCGAGCUGGCCAUCCUCGAUCCAGAUACGGGCGCUCCCCUGGCUGCAGACGAUCAUGACCGUCGCUUUUUCGAGGGCUCCUGGAUGCACAAGCGCAUGGGGACGUACUAUUUCUCCUACUCCACGGGGGACACUCACUUCCUGUGCUACGCUACUGGAGCCAGCCCCCUCGGCCCGUUUACAUAUGCUGGCAAGAUCCUGGAGCCUGUUCUCGGUUGGACUACGCAUCAUUCCAUCGUCGAGUAUCAUGGCCGCACGUAUCUCUUUUACCAUGACUGCGAGCUGAGUGGUGGCGUUGACCAUCUUCGUUCCGUCAAGCUCAAGGAAAUCUUCUAUGACGAGAAUGGUCGUAUCAUUACAACUACUGCUGACUAA